UUGGUGGUUGCUGCUCAUCCGGAGUGGAGUGUUUCGUAUCGAGGUAGCAGCGAGGUAGCGAGAAGUCCGUUAGUAUAUAGGAGUGUCUCAAGGUACGCCACAGCGGCCUUGGUAACACUAUGGCCUGCCCGUUCGCGAAGCAUGUCUCGGCGGAGCACUUCCAACGGCAGCCGUCGAUUGCGGAGGCGCACAGCUGGAAUCUGGACGAGGACCUGAGCGAGCUGCCGAGCGACGCGCUAACGCUCACCCAUCUGAACGCAGCGAUUCAGCUGCUGACGGCUCCGUCGAUCGAAAACGUUCACGAGGCGCUGAUGUCAUUGAUCGGGAAGUAUAGCAACAGGUGGCCGGGGCUGUCAAAGCUCAAAACGGAGCGUAGCGCGCUGUCGAUCUAUCCGCACUACGACUAUCUGGCGGACAUCCAGGACAAUCUCACCCAGAUCGAUGAGUCGGCCGUGUCGGAGAUACUGGUGUUGCUUGGCGAGGAGCUCAUACAGACGAGCUGCGUGGGCGUGAUCGAGCGAGCGUUCAAGUGUCUCGGGUCGGACCUGCAGGAGUUCCUCGGCUCGCUGGACGGCGUGUACGACGUGCUGAAGCUGCAGGAGGAGGACAUCUCCGACACGGGCUUCGUGUGCGCCGGCGAGGGCGAGCUGAUCUUCACGUCCGACCGGUCGGUGCUGGCCUGGCUGCUGCUCGGCUGCCUGAAGGCGCUCGCCCGGCUGCUGUUCAACCAGGAGCCGGAAAUCGAGCUGGAGCCGCUGCCCGGCGACACGCUGCGCUACCGCUAUCUGCUGAAGAUGGACGAACCGACGGAGGACGGGGCCCGGGCGGCGUGGGAGGAGACGGCGGGCGGGGCGGCGGGGGUGCGCGAGAGUGUGUCGGCGGACGCGCGCGACCUCAAGGUGAGCAACCAGUUCUUCUGCAACGCCUUCCCGUGGCACUUCAUCAUGGACGAGCAGCUGAACCUGGUGCAGAUGGGGCAGGCGUUCAGCCGGCUGUUCAAGAGCUACCCGGCGAUGGCCGGCGGUGGCGCCCUGGCCGCCGGCACCGUGUUCCGCUUCAAGCGGCCGCGCGGUCUGCAGCUGAACUUCCGCGAGAUCGUACGGCGCACCAACACGCCGUUCAUGAUCUCGCUCCGGGCGCCGCCCGGCCGGCCCGACUUCUUCGCCAAGGGGCUCGAGAUCAAGGGCCAGAUGGUGUUCUGCCCCGAGUCGAAUUCGCUGCUGUUCGUCGGCUCGCCGUUCCUCGACGGGCUGGAGGGGCUCACCUGCAACGGUCUGUUCAUCUCCGACAUCCCGCUGCACGAUGCGACACGCGAGGUGAUCCUGGUGGGCGAGCAGGCGCGCGCCCAGGACGGGCUGCGGCGGCGCAUGGACAAGCUGAAGAGCUCGAUCGAGGAGGCGAACGCGGCCGUCAUCAAGGAGCGCAAGAAGAACGUCAGCCUGCUGCAGCUGAUCUUCCCCGCCGAGAUCGCCGAGCGGCUCUGGCUGGGCGCGCAGAUCGACGCGAAGACGUACCCCGAGGUGACGAUGCUGUUCAGCGACAUCGUCGGCUUCACCAGCAUCUGCUCGCGCGCCACCCCGUUCAUGGUGAUCAACAUGCUCGAGAACCUGUACAAGCACUUCGACGAGCUGUGCGGCUUCUUCGACGUCUACAAGGUGGAGACCAUCGGGGACGCCUACUGCGUCGCCAGCGGGCUACACCGGGCCAGCAUCUACGAUGCGCACAAGGUCGCCUGGAUGGCACUGCGUAUGAUCGAGACCUGCACCCUCUACAACACGCAUGACGGUCAGCACAUUAAGAUGCGCAUCGGUAUCCACACCGGUACGGUGCUCGCCGGUGUCGUUGGCCGCAAGAUGCCCCGGUACUGCCUGUUCGGGCACAACGUGACCAUCGCCAACAAGUUCGAGUCCGGCAGCGAGGCGUGCAAGAUCAACAUCAGCCCGACGACGCGCGAAUGGCUGGUGAAGCAUCCCGACUACUGCUUCCAGCUGGCCGCCCGCGAUGCCUCCUGCAUGCCGAAGGAGUUCACCGAGUCCCGGGGGAUGACUUGCUACUUCCUCGACGGCUACAAGCAUCCGACGGUCAGCAACGAGUGUCCGCUCAAGGAGCACAUCGAGGAGGCGAUGAAGCAGACGUUGCUGGACACGAAUGAGGGUGCUACCGUCGAGGUUAACCAGUAGACCAGUAUUUGUAUGUGUGUGUGUGUGUGGGCGUGUGCAUGUCUGAAUGUGUGAGAGAGCGAGUGGAUGCGUGUGUGACCUCCAUACUACGAAUCACGUAUUAGAGAUGACCAUGUUAGAGCAGCGCGUGGGGCACUAGCCGUCCCCGUGCGCACUAUUUAUCGAUGUUAGUAGAUGUAUAACCGGAGGCCCUGCCAUCAGCAUUGGUCUUUCGAUGAAGCUAUAAUGUGCUGUUUCCAUAACCAUUUGCUACAUUUAACCCCAUCCACGGAGAACCGGGUGAGACGCGAGCAUAUACCACCAUAGACCAGCCACCAUUCCUCGGACGCAGGACGACGAACUGACCCGGGAGGCCACGACAUUUUAAUGGCUAAUGUCGACAACGGUUUGACGUGGCCUUCGACCACUCUCUGCCACCGUGGGAGUACUUAUUCGUUUAUUGUUUUCUCAAAGAGAUUACGACCCCGCGCCGUAUGUACUUCUCUAGUUGUUGCCAUCGACGAAAGUCCUUACGAGGAAGUGUGUGUGUGUGUGUGUAUGUGUGUUGUAUGGCUGUUCUGCAAACGGGGCAGAAGGUAGUUUUCUAUCGAAACAUUUAGUGCUUUUUCUUAAAUAAAAUCUAGUCCCAAAAU